GCCCACCAGUCUACGCGCGACCACCGACAGGACAGGGCGGCCGGCGUGCGUGCGUGUGUGCGCCAGUCAGAGUGCGUGCGUGUCGUGAGUGUGCACGCGAGUGCCGCGAGUGUCGCGAGUGAUGUGAUGACACGAGUGCGAGUGUGUGUGCGGCCGCUCGGCCCCGGCUGCCCCCUUGGGAUACUGAGGAUACUGCGUGCUUCGCCCUGACGGAGACCCCGCGACAGACGACAGACGUCUCGCCGCUCGCCGCGGUCGUCGCUCGUCGCGACGUUCAUGAAGAGGCGCCGCGCCGCGAAGGACUCGAGGGACUCGCGGGACGAGCGCCAUUGGGCGCCAUGCUGCGCAAGUCCGCCAUGUACAACCUCAAGGUGUCCACGGCCCUGGCCAACGGGGGCGGCGCUCCCGGGGCCGGCGUCGGACUGCUGGCCGCCGACCCGCAGGGUGUCACGCCCAGGACGCCGGAGAUCCUCAACUCGCUCAUGGCCAUGACCCACCCCCUGGACCCCGCCGCCAGCUCCGCCGCCCCCAACCCCAGCACCUCGGCGGCGGUCCCGGACCUCUGCUCGCCCUCCGCAGGUUCGUCCAGCUCCUCCGGCCUCAUGUGCGGAUCGCCCACGAGGUCGCCGCCGUCGCUGCAGCACACGCGCUCGCAGCUCAUCAAGGAGGGCCUCAAGCUGACGCUGCAGACCAAGCGGCGGCACACGUCCGCCACGUCGGCCACCUCGGCGUCGGGGGCCUCGGUGUCCGGCGGGUCCGGCGAUGAGGACGAGGACCUGUCGGGCGGCGGCAAGAGGCGGAAGCGCGACCAGCUGACCCCCGAGGACGAGGAGCGGCGGCGGAGACGGCGAGAGCGGAACAAGGUGGCCGCCACCAAGUGCAGGAUCAAGAAGCGAGAGCGGACGGUCAACUUGGUGCAGGAGUCUGAGAUCCUGGAGAGCCAGAACUACGAGCUCAAGACGCAGAUCCAGGAGCUGGAGACGCAGCGGCGGCGCCUGGUGGACAUGCUGUCCUCCCACUCGCCGAACUGCACGCGGCCCGGACACGUGCAUCAGCCGGCGCACCAGCCGGCGCACCAGCCGCCGCCCUACGACUUGUACAGCCCCAGCGCGACGUACUGCCCCUCGCCCAGCGCCGGGCCCAGCCUACCGGCCCCCGACCUGGGCCACCACCACCACCAUCACCACCAGCAAGACCAUCAGAGCCAGGUCCAGGACCACGGCGCGUACGGGGACGUCCUCAUGGGGCAGUACAUGCCGCAGCCCGAGGACGACCACCUGCCACCCUACUUCGCCGUCACCAAGCACGAGGUGGUGGACGACCCGCUGCUGGCGGCGCUGGAGGACCCCCUGGACAUGUACGGCUACAGCCAGCCGCUGGCGCACUACGACCGGCCCGGCAGCCUGGCGCUCGACACCCCCGUGUCCACCCCCGGCUCCACGGCCGGCAGCCUGGACAGCCCCCACCACGCCUCCCUGCACCAGGCCGUGCCGCUGCCCGGGCCCAGCCACCACUACCCGCACAUGUCGAGCACCCCGCUGACGCCGCUGCCGCUCGGCCCGGACGGCGUCAGCGUGUUCGGCAUGGACAGUGGCUGCAUGGCGUAGUGGCGCCCCGCCGCCCCGCCGGCCGAGGGCUGCGGAGCAUCGGACUCUUUAGACACCCCCAGCCCUCGGCCGCCCCCUCCCCGCCACUUCCUGGACGAGUUACCUGAUGGACGUGCCGGUCCUGUCGGCGUGUCGUGCCCGACGUGCCCGACGAACGGCAAAGUGAUGUGAUACUCUGUCAACGCUUUCCCUUCCCUCCGGCAGUGCUGCCCGCAGUGCUGGUUUUCAUCGUUUUCUCCUCAUUCGCCUCGUCGUGUAGCCUCCCCCAUAACGCUAUUUCAUCGAGACUUCAUCGCCAUUUCUUCACUUCACUUUUUACGAGUGAUCCCAAGUCACAAAAUAAUGAAACAUAGUCAUAGCGAAGUUUUGUGGUGCUAAGACGGAACCAAUAUUAUUUUUGUUAUUGUGUAUAGUUGUUAUGCAAAGAACAGAGACCGUUAUAUUUUUUACGUAUCCAAUUGUUUGUAAAAUGUAUUUGUUUUGUACGUAAUAUAUUUUACCUAGGUUUUAGAUAAGUUAUUGUUACGGGGUUGAAAUCCAUGAUUUCAGCGAAAUUGUGAUCUACUUAUUCUAAUCUGUCCUUGACAACAUUGCUGAUAAUGUAUUUGUGUUGGUAUCCUUGCUGUGCAGAUUCGCUGCAUGCUCUUGGUGCAACGAGUCACUUUUUUUUUUGCGGACUCCUCAGCUGGACUGAACUGCCCGCGUCUCGCCACCCCUGCCCGUGACAGGCGUGCCAACUUGCCUUUGCCUCUCUCCUGGCUCAGGGCAGGCGAAACAAAACAUACACCGUCCUUUGAAAAGUGCCUUAGUUAUUAUUUAAGACCGACUUGUUUCCUUCUUUCGGAACGCCUCUUACUUUCCACAAUCUUGUGCAUGACAUUAUCAAUAAUAUUUUGUUUGAUUUUUAUUUUUGUUAAUUAAGAAUACGACGCGCUUUCUACUUAUUGUUUAGUUUUUAGGGCAACUGUGACAUGUUUAAGAGUAUAAUGUCUUCCACCGGUCAAUGAAACAGGCGCAUCGGUUGGACAUGAAAUUGUUGUCUUAUCGAAGUUCAAACUGGUUUGAAAAACGUCCUGUGAUUUUCAGUGAAGUGCCUUCCAGAAAUUUUAGUUGUUAGAAAGACCGCUUAUUUUGUGUCCACCCAGUGCUUCCCUAUCCUCCCACACUGUACCUGUCACCAUCGGAAAUGGGACUCGAUCCUGUUAUUUGGUUGGAAAUAAAUCCACAUUAUUUCUUA